UCUUGUUUUUAGUAUUAUUAUUAUUCUUUGUUGUCGCACAGAAACUGCCAGGGGUUUUUCUCACCCAAAUCAACUCCGUGGUAUUUAAGGGAAAGUGUGAGAGGAGAGGACAUCUGUCCGUGCGCGCUCCACACCGGGAUAAUUCAUCGUGGAAGUGUGACCCCCUCCUCUUCCUCCUCCUCUUCCUCCUCCUCCUCCCCUCCCUCCUCAGCCGAGGUACCGCACAUGCUUUCUCCCCCCACCUUCACUUUUUUCGUGUUUUUGUGCACGCUGGAGGUGUUUUGAGGAGAUCUAGCGUAAAAUGCGUAAAAGGCUACCAGUGACGCAACAUCUCACACGGGCUGCAUGAGAAAUACAUGCGUCGCAGGGCGUGAACUUGCAGACACUAACAUCCUUCCCAUUACUAAAGCAUCUGCUUAUCUAUAAAGGCUCCUUCUGCAAACCCCCACCCCAGUCGCCCAGCCACCCGCUAUCCCCCCGAAUUCAUCCAAACUCCUCAUCAUGGAUCUCAAAGCGGACUCGGAGGACAUGGACUACAAGCGGCCGGCUCCCAUAGAAGUUUUCGCCAGCAGGUCCACGCUGCACGGCAUCUCGCACAUGUUCACAUACGAGCGGAUGUGCAUCAAGCGCACCCUGUGGAUCUUGUUCUUUCUGGGCUCCCUGGGCGUGCUGGUGCUGGUGUGCGUGGACCGCGUGCAGUUCUACUUCCAGUACCCGCACGUCACCAAGCUGGACGAGGUGUCGGCCCCGAUGAUGGUGUUUCCCUCGGUCACCUUCUGCAACCUCAACUCCUUCCGCUUCAACCGGGUGACCCGCAACGACCUAUACCACGCCGGGGAGCUCCUUGCCUUGCUCAACGGCAGGUAUGAGAUCCGGGACCCACACCUGGUGGAAGAACAUGUCAUGCAAGUCCUGAAGGAAAAGGCUGAUUUUGACAACUAUAAGCCCCGGCCCUUCAACAUGCGUGAAUUCUACGACCGAACGGGCCACGACAUCAAGGAGAUGCUGCUUUCCUGCUACUACCGGGGCAUGGAGUGCAGUCCUGAAGACUUCAAAGUGAUUUUCACACGCUACGGAAAAUGCUACACCUUUAACUCAGGCCAAGAUGGACGACCCUUGAUGGUGACUAUGAAGGGAGGGAUGGGCAAUGGCCUGGAGCUGAUGCUGGAUAUCCAGCAGGAUGAAUACUUGCCUGUUUGGGGAGAGACUGACGAGACGUCGUUCGAAGCCGGGAUCAAAGUUCAGAUCCACACCCAGGAAGAGCCGCCGUUCAUCGACCAGCUGGGCUUCGGAGUCGCACCCGGGUUUCAGACCUUCGUAUCCUGUCAGGAGCAACGGCUGACCUACCUGCCUCCGCCGUGGGGCGACUGCAAGGCCUCUGCGAUGGAUUCUGACUUCUUCAGCAGCUACAGCAUCACAGCCUGUCGCAUCGACUGCGAGACACGAUACCUGGUUGAGAACUGCAACUGCAGGAUGGUCCACAUGCCCGGAGAUGCCCCGUACUGCACCCCGGAGCAGUACAAAGAGUGUGCAGAUCCCGCCUUGGACUUUCUUGUGGAGAGGGAUAAUGACUACUGCGUGUGCGAGACGCCGUGCAACUUGACGCGCUACGGUAAAGAGAUGUCCUUUGUCAAGAUACCCAGCAAAGCCUCGGCCAAGUAUCUUGCCAAGAAAUUCAACAAGACAGAGCAGUACAUAGCUGAUAACAUUCUGGUGCUGGAUAUCUACUUUGAAGCACUGAACUACGAGACCAUUGAACAAAAGAAAGCCUAUGAAUUGGCCGGUCUUCUGGGUGACAUUGGAGGUCAGAUGGGUCUUUUCAUCGGAGCCAGCCUCCUCACCAUCCUUGAACUCUUCGACUAUCUAUAUGAGGUCAUCAAGUAUAAGAUGUGCCGCUGCAUGAAGAAGAAACACAAAGGCCACAACAACAAUGACAGGGGAGCUGUGCUGAGCCUGGAUGAUGUGAAACGCCAUGCUCCUUGCGAGACCCUGCGUACACCAUCAACGUAUCCUGGCAACAUGCUACCUCAUCACCCGGCCCAGGGUAACUUUGAAGACUUCACUUGCUGAGCCGACCCCCGAGGUGGGAGCAUCAAAGAGUUCGGGUUAUGCAACCAAAGCCAACCACACAACAAGAACUAUCCAACACGGGGGAAGUGAGAGAAACUCAUACCAAGUCGAACAGAGGCACUUUGUUUUUCUUCAAAACGGAGGACAAAUCCAAAACAAAGGAGAAACUUUCACCCGAGGCCGAGUGGAGAGGAUAUCCCAAAUAUAAAUCUGUCAGUUAACUCUUCUGUCUCUGUGUGUUUUCCUCUGGAAUACUGCCGCAAAGGAUGCUCAUGGAGGCACCUUGCCAACACGGACCUCUCUCUUUCAAAAGACAAAAAAAGUGUAAAGAAAAUAAAUAAAUGAAUAAGGGAAAAUGUACAGUUAUCUCACCAUUAUCAGAAAAAAAAAGAGCCCCCAUGCCUUUAUAUAUAAACACAGCAGAACACAACUGUUUUCACACGACACUGGUCUGCUAGUGGGACACACACCCAUACUGCUUACUCCACUGUACAUGUAGCAACAUCUGUAACCGUUGCAGCGCUCUCCAUGAAACAACAGCUGGACUUUGUGUAGUUUGUUUGCGAAUGUAUCUAUGUUCCCAGUGAGUGUAGUCAGGGGUGUGGGCGGGGUACUUUCAGGGGGGUCGUGGCGGCAGUGGUAGUGGUAGAGUUUGCAUCAUCUACCAUUUAAAACCUGUACUGGUGAAGAUUUCAGGUCUCAUCAUGUAAAUGCAUGCUUGUAUUCGUCCAGUGCAUGUUUUUUAGUUGUUUUUUUUUAAAUUUUGAACAUACAUAUAAUUACCAAGUUUGCCUCAAUGAUAGACAGAUUUUACAUCCCAUGUGUGUUUCCGUGUGCGUGAGUCUGUGUGUGUGUGUGUGUGUGUGUGUGUGUGUGUGUGUGUGUGUGCGUGCGUGCGUGUGCCAACAUCCCUACUCGAGCAGGUACAGCGAGACUCUAUUUUGCAACUGGAUGAGCUGCAAUUUAAUUUGAAUUUUUCAUCCGUUUUCUUGUCUUUCCGUUUUCACAUGUGCCAGGUUUUUUGAUUUCUUCUUUUGUGGGGGUUUUAAAUUUUAUUUCUGUAUCUAUAUUCUAGUUGCAAAAGUCUUAUCAAAGCACAAUACCGCCAGUAUGUAGAGGUGAUGUAAAGAAAAUGUACUAUUCUUCUUGAUAUAUUGUCAUAUUAUUAAUAUCGUCUUGAUCCAACAGUUUUUUCGGUUGUUUCUUUCUUUCAUAUAAAACAUACUGAGUAUUGCCUGGUGAUCCUGUCUUCAUCCUCCAGGUAAAAAGACGGGUCCAUUUAGUUAUCGCAGCAUAAAUAAAAUGUAAAUAUCA